AGCGCAGUGCCCCCCACUCCGGACUCUUCUUGCUUCCGCCAUGUCGCAAUCUGAGGUCUCCGAGAAGAAACCUGGCCAGUACGCAGACAGGGCCAAAGGCGAUGAUGUGUACGCCGUCGAUGAGGAGGUGGCCGUUGAGCCACCUCUCAAACGCCAGUUGAAGAACCGACACAUUGCGAUGAUAAGUAUUGGAGGCGUUAUAGGUACAGGUUUGUUCUUGGGUACAGGGACUGCUUUGUCCCAUGGCGGUCCUGUUGGUUUGCUGCUGGGUUACUCUAUCAUGGGCACUAUUUGUUUCGCCGUCAUGGUGUCAUUGGGCGAGAUGAUUGCUUACUUGCCGAUAUCUGGUGGUCAUAUCAAGCUCGCCGAGCGUUUUGUGGACCCUGCCUUCAGUUUCGCGAUGGGAUGGAAUUAUGUCUUCAACUGGAUUAUUGUGAUGCCUGCCGAGUUGAGCGCAGCCGCUGUUCUGAUCGGAUUCUGGGAUCAAUCGACUAGCCCCGCUGUUUGGAUUGUCAUGUGCAUGGUGGUGACGAUUGCCAUUAACAUGUUCGGAGCUGGCGCAUAUGGCGAAGCAGAGUUCUGGUUUGCAUCCAUCAAAGUGAUCACAAUCACGGGGCUCAUCAUCCUGGGUAUUGUACUUGACCUCGGAGGCGGUCCUAACCACGAUCGAAUUGGCUUCCGAUACUGGAAACAUCCUGGUCCGUUCAGUCAGUACGCCAACAUCAGUGGUGCUACUGGUCGCUUCCUUGGUUGGUGGGCCGUCAUGACACAAGCCGGCUUCUCCUUCAUCGGAACGGAAAUUGUCGCCAUUGCCGCUGGCGAGGCCAAGAACCCCCGUCGCAACUUGCCGAAGGCCAUCAAGCGCGUGUACAUCCGAAUUUUGCUAUUCUACAUUUGUGGUGUUAUCAUCAUCGGCCUUCUCGUCCCCUCCAACGAUAAGACUUUGACGAAAGGAGAUGGAACCGCCAACGCCAGUCCGUUCGUCAUCGCCAUCAAGAACGCGGGCAUUAGCGGCUUGCCUUCUGUCAUCAACGCUGCGCUGCUUACCUCCGCUUGGUCCGCUGCUUCCAGCGACCUGUACACAUCGUCUCGUGCCCUCUAUGGUCUGGCUCUCGCCGGAAACGCACCACGUAUCUUCCUGAAGACCACGAAACGGGGUUUGCCUUGGCUAGCACUCGUCACCUGUGCAUUGUUCACCACGCUGGCCUUCAUGAGUGUCAACAGUGGCGCCGGAACCGUGUUCGGAUGGUUCCAGAACAUGACUUCUGUCGCUGGACUGAUGACAUGGUUCGGUAUCUCCGUCACGUACCUCCGGUUCCACGCAGGCUGGAAGGCACAGGGUCUGGAUAGGUCAACGUUGCCGUAUGCCUCGAGGCUGCAACCCUUCGCAGCCUGGUGGUCGAUGGUGUGGUGCCUCAUCAUCUGCUUCUUCAGCGGUUUCAGCGUCUUCAUUCAUGGUCACUGGAAUACUGCAACCUUCAUCACCAAUUACUUGCCCUUCGCCCUUUUCCCGAUUUUAUAUCUAUCGGCCCGUUUCGUCACGAAAAUCCCGCCCAAGAAACCGAUGGACAUGGAUUUCUUCACUGGGUUGGAAGCUAUUGAACGGGAUACAUACGACGACCCUCCCCCGCGGAACGCUAUGGAACGCUUCUGGGGCUGGCUGAUGUAAACGCCUGCUCCCAUGUUCGUAUAAUGUUACAUCUUGAAGGAGAUAUCCGGAUCUCAUUCCAUAUGAUCUGUGGUGUACAAGUAACGGAUCGCACGAUUUUGAUUGUGUUUUAGAUCCAGGUAUAUAACAUACUUGUGAGGCCAGAUCAGCGUUUGACGGCC